CAAACGGCAUGAUAGUUAUACAUAAAUAUAUACAUUUUAUAAAAGCCGGAUGUUUAAGCUAUAAAAUGGUAUAUAACAAUGUCAUUUUUGAGAAUAUUUUUUUUAUACUUUUUUCCACCACCUGGCCCACUGUGCCCACCCUCCUGUGUAUUAGGAACUCAAGAGUAUGUUGAUUAUCUGUCCUUUGGCACCACAGUCACAAAUAACGGUUGGCUAAAACGAGUCUGUAUUCUUAUUGAGCAGUGAAGAAGAAAAGCUUUGAAUUUGAUGGCUUGUUGUCAUGUUUAUGAAUUACAUAUAAAGCUUGGAAAAGCACAGAUUUGUCAACUGGAAAGAAGCACUCGCAGCAGCCCAAACCAACCAGGCAAAAGCUGCAACAUACACUGCUUCUACACUAACCCCACAUCUCUACAUCUUAAUAAACUCAUCAAACUCACCUUGGAAAUGCCCCACUACACUUUUGACAUAAUUUUUACCACUGAAACUUGGUUUGAUGAAUCCUCAGCACCUACUCUUCCGAACUACAACAUCUAUAGAAAGAUUGCUUUGGUCAUGAAGGUGUAGCCAUUUAUGUUAAGAGCAGUAUUAGCGCAAACGAAAUUGAUCAUUCUCAAUUACACAACAAUUUUCCAUGCAAAAUCUCGGAGCAGCUUUGACUCAUGGCCUUCUUUAUACUAACAGGCCGUGUAAACGGACAAUUUGUGCAACAAACUGGGGGCCAGUGUUAAGCAAAAGUUAAAGCGAGAAGUUAAAUAUAGAUUCUAAAAUAUAUAUAACUGAAGACUUUUUUUCAAAGUGUUUCGGUUACCAACUGAUAAAGAAGAAUGUGCUUGAUGGAUUUCUAUAAUACCACGGGAUAAUAUACCUGAUAGUAACAAUACUGUUGUAUGUGAACGUCAUUUUCCACCCAAUUAUAUAACAAUAAUUAAGCAUGGUAAAAAAAGACCUCGUGACCCACCUUCACCAUUUUCUUGUAUGAAACCAAGUCUUGUUCCUAUAAAACCUAGUCCAUCUCGAACAAAUAAAACUUUGUCUGAAGUGCGCAAUAAAGUUCCAGAUGAACUCCAUCUUUUCAAUCAUCAAGAUAAAGUAGCCAAUUUUGAGCAUCUUAAAAAUAAGGUUGAAACUGGCAGUUUGACUUUUUGAUCCACUAUAUUUCGUACUUUACCAACAAUACAUUAUGCAUACAGUCUACUGAUUUUGAAGAAAAUACAUCAAUACCAAGAGUUUUGAUGAAAAUUAAGAAUGAUUUGACUUUUGAAGGAUUUUUUUGUGGUAUAAAGUAUACAAUCCAAAGUUUAUCAAAAAAUGGAGUAACCAAGUUUAAAUCAUAUUCACAACUUGAAGAAUGCUGGAGAUACCUUAAUACUUUAAUAAAAAGCAACAAAGUUAAUGUACUUCAGGAACAUUUUGAUGCAAUGAGUCCUGUUAUCGUUGGGAAAAAAAAGUAUAAUCCUGAAAUAAUUAUUCGUGCUUUUGAGUAUUAUUCUUUACCUAGAUCGCUAUAUGACAGACUGAGACAAGACUACCAACUUCCAAGUAUUUCACUUCUUCAAAAAAUUACAUCAAAAAUAAAUUCUUCUUUUGACGAUUUUAAAUACGUCAGUGAGAUUUUUAAAAAGGCAAAAAACAAUUAUGGAAAAAAAUGUAUUUUAUUAAUAGAUGAAGUCUUCGUAAAACCUUCUGUUACAUAUUGCUCUGGGUCUUUAUUAGGAAAGGCUGUAAACAAACCUGAUUCAUUAGCAUCAACUGUUUUAAGUUUUAUGAUGGUUUCAAUUUGUGGUGGUCCAAAAUAUUUAUGUCGUAUGUUGCCAGUAUUCGAACUUAAUGCUGAUUUUUUAUUUGAGCAGGCAAAUCAUUUGAUUGGUUGUAUUCAUAAAUCUGAUGGAGAGUUAAUCGCUAUCAUUUGUGAUAACAAUCGUAUCAAUCAGUCUUUUUACUCUAAGUUUACAUCUAGGGAGCCAUGGAAAACAGAAAGUAAUAUAUUUUUACUUUAUGACUUUGCUCAUUUAAUAAAGUCAGUGCGAAACAACUGGCUAACUGAGAAAACACAAACACUAAAGUUUGAAGAUGAUGGUGAAUUGAAAUCAGCUUUGUGGUCUGAUUUAAAACAUUUACAUGAAACUGAAAAAAGAAGUUUAGUUAAACUUUCAAAACUUAACGAUGUAACGGUAGCACCAAAACCCAUUGAAAGACAAAAAGUAUCUACUUGUCUCCCCAUAUUUUGUGAAGAAACAUUCGCUGCGCUCAAGUCAUGUUCUAACAUAGGUAAAUCAGAUAGUACCAUACGAUUUAUUGAAAUUAUAUUAAAGUUUUAGAAAAUUGUAAAUGUUAAAGGACCAUAUGCAGACUUACGUUUUCGCGAUGAUGAUAGAGCUGUUAUAUCUUCAGAAAAUGAUGAAAGAAUAACUUUUUUGAGCAAAAUUGCUUGUAUAGCGCAGAAAAUGACCAGUAGUCAAGGACAAAGACAGUGUCAGCUCACAUGUGAUACAGGGACAGAACUUUGGUAUACAUGUUCAGGAAUGAUUGCUCUUGUCAAGUACCUUAUUAACUCUGGAUUUCAAUAUGUGGUACUUGGUAAAUUUACAACAGACCCUUUAGAAAAAAUGUUUGGGAAGCUUCGACAAGGGUCUGGUGGGACUUAUUUUAUAAACACACAGCAAAUUUUAGAAAAAGUCAGAAAUUUAAGGCCGAGUUAAUUUUGCAGGUGGGUAUAAAUAUAGAUGAAGUUGGAAAGAAUAAAGCAGUUCAUGAUUGUGAAAAGUGUAAGUAUUUAUUAGAUGGCGAUUCAUCAAGUGUUUUUCAUAAAUUACCUGAUCUGGAAGAAAAGCUGGAUAUAAAUGUUAAAAAAGCCCUAGUUUACAUUUCUGGAUAUGUUACAAAAACUGAAACAGGCAAAGGAACAAAAUUUUAUUAUGAAAAAUAUGGGGACUAUGUUAAAGAGAUUAAUCUUGGACGUCUCAACAUACCAUUCGACAAUGCCUGUCAAUGGACCAUGUUUUGUUAUAUCAUGUUUCAUCCUCUUACUGAUAAAGUAUGUCAAAAGUCAUUAUGUAAUAUAUUUAUGUCAAUAUCUGACUUUUAUGGUUUCAGUAUGAAAAAGAUAUCU